AUGACUACCGCGCAAGCACCAUUCGCUGGACACGCCAGCACCUCGCACCUCUUUAUGGCUCCGGCCCACUCGACACCGUGCAGCCAACAGUCGAUGACAGACUACCCGCCGCUCGCACUAUUCACCGCGGCGGAAUACAUGCAGAACCAAGACCUUCGGCGCCAGCAGCAAGAGGAGGCGGCGGCCAAUCAGUUGCUGCAGCAACCCGUGACGCCCACGCUUCACCUGAGCAUCAACCCGAAGUUGCCAUCACUCACGGGUCUGCUCAAGCAAAUGCAGGCGACCACACCGGUGGCGGCCAUGCCGUCGCCACAGCACCCUCAGUUGAGUCCCGUGUCACGUGGCCCGACGCCAAUUCCCUCGCUACGCAGUGCAAUCAGUCCUUCCAUGGUCAAGCGCACGCCGCCCGUGACUUCAAUGCCGCAAAUGCCGCUACCCAGUGUGGCGUUGUUCUCGCUGCCAUCGAACUGGAAGGUGAGAUCGUCGUCCAUGGGCCCUAGCUUUCCUAGUAAGAGGCGAUCAUGGGCCGAUGCUAGUCCUGCCGACACGAUCGUGUGUCCAUCCAAUUCUCGGGCUUCGUUCAGUAGCCAGCCUGCACACCGCAAUCGUGCGUCCAAGUAUUGCAAGAUCGAGGGCUGUGAGCGUGUCUCUCAGCGCAACAACCUAUGCCAUAGCCACGGUGGCAAACGCCUGUGCAAAGAAGAGGGAUGUUCGUCCAAGGAUCGUGGCAACGGGUUCUGCAUCAAGCACGGCGGCGGCAAGAUUUGUUCGAUGGCUGGUUGUGAGAAGAAGGCUCGACGGAAAGGGCUGUGCACGGAGCACUUUCGUAUUUUGGACGAGUCUAUGAUGGACGACGGUGUGUGCUCUCCGUGCACGGCUGAGCAGUGUGCAUUUCGGUCUUUUUAG